CCGUAUUUAAGUCUCACCACCCACGAACAAACAUUGACGUUUCUUCAUCACUCUUUACAUCGCCUUCGCUUCCUAGGAUGAAAAAAUUCAAGCAAAAGUUUAAGCAAAAAAUCAAGAAAAAAUCCAAGCAAGCCGCAAAUUCUGCGGACCCUAGCACAUGCACCUGUUGCAAGCGGUCAAAGACGGGCGGCACCUUCUUCGAGCUCGAGUCCUACGAUAACAGAACACAGAAGUUCGAGUAUAAGGAUUGGAAAGCUCACAUCGAUGUAUUUCGUGAAGCAAACGAUCAAGGUUGCCAGCGAUGUGCAGUAGUCUUCGAGAUGGCCAUGGCGUGGAAAAGAGACAACCCCGAAAACAGCAGUGACUACAUGACUGUCAGCAACAGAUCAUACAGCAAAUUGGAGGCCGACCUGAAAGUAGAGUUGUUGACAGACCGUGGGGAUAUGAGGAUACUUAACGUUGAGCUGGAGUUACUGAGUGCAAACCACAGCAAUUCAACCGGCAUGCUAGAAAGUUCCAGAGGCCAAUGGAACCUUAUCACUAAACCAUUAUGGUCUGAAGAUGCCACGUCUGAUGAUGCGUUACAGGAGAGCAUUGGGUCUCUGGAGCAUUGUUUGGCACACCACAAGUAUUGCACAAACAUCUCAAACAAGCUUCCCAAGCGAUGCCUCGAGCUGACUCAGAUAACUAUGACUCUACGAGACACCGCCUCGUUCCCUUCAGCAGAGCGAUAUGUUUGUUUGAGUCAUUGCUGGGGCCCCAAAGCCCCGUCUCGUCAGCUCACGAGCGCAACUGAGAGCGAACUGCGACAAGGUAUUAGCUUAGACACGGUCCCUCGAACCUUUUCCGAAACAGCAAAAGUGUGCCUGAAAAUGGGCAUUCGAUUCCUGUGGAUUGAUUCGCUGUGCAUCAUUCAAGGGGACGAGGCUGACUGGACAGAGGCAGCGGCCACUAUGGCAAACAUAUAUGAGAAUGCUUUCUUCACGAUAGCUGCAACUGGUGCUGACAAUAGCGAUGACGGUCUUCGACCCUUUAAAGAGUGGUCCAAGCCUUCGAGGCUCAGAACCUCCAACUUUUUUUUACGAGAACAUAUUAGUAUGAACAGCUGUAUGUUUCAUGGGACUCACCAUCUCAAGACUUGGCCGUUGCUGUCGCGUGCUUGGGCGUUUCAAGAAGGCCAGCUUUCGCCACGGACGUUACGCUUCAGUUGCUAUGGGAUUGUUUGGGAUUGCCGCACAACACGAUUAGAGCAUGAGGAGAGAAAACUGGGAUCCAGUCUAGGCACUGACGCCAUCAAUCUCCUGCCGUUUUUCUUCUCGGCUGAUUAUAGAUCAUCAACUGACUUAGAAACCGCAUGGCACAAUACCAUAACGCAGUACUCACGUCUCAACCUGACACAUCGAAUCGAUAGGUUGCCUGCAAUCUCAGCAAUGGCGCAGCGUAUGGCAAAACUGCGGCCUACCGAUACCUAUCUUGCAGGUAUGUGGCGGAGCACCUUGCUUUCUGAUCUACAGUGGAGAGCAUCUGACGGUCAACCUCGUAUGGAAUCGACAUUGCCAACCUGGUCUUGGGCUUCCGCACAUGGAGUUGUAUACGACUCCAGCGAGUUCGCACUGGGAGGCGUGAAAAUAGUCGAUCUCCGCUACACACCAGUGGGACCAGCAGAGAUUGGAUGGAUCGAAGACGCGAUACUCACCAUACAAGGGCCUGCACUGCCUUUACGAGCAGGACUCGAUGCAGAUAUAAAAUUUUCCACGCAUAAUGUAUCCGAUGUCACGGAUCUGCCCGUGUUCUCUAAGCGAAUUAUAGAUUUGUAUCGCGACUAUCAAUCAUCUACAGACGAUGAUAUUGGUGGAGAUCAUCCUUAUUUGGCCUUGUUCCUGGGCGACAGCGGUUUGUCUUUCAAUGGACUUAUCUUAUGCCAGGUUGGAGUCAUGUACGAACGUGUUGGAUAUUGUACUAUGUAUACCGAGUCCGACUAUACUCGAAAGCCGCGAGACACAACGAUUGAGGAAAUGGCAACAAUCCCAUUAACCACGGUCCGGAUAAUCUAGCCGCUGGACUCCGAAGCAAGAAGCCGACCAAGAAAGCGCUGAUGCCAAAGCGCCAUUGCAGGAAAGUGAGUAGUUCCACAAUCGAGAAGGCGACAAUCCCAUCAACAUGCUAGGUGCCCCAACCCCCAGCCUGCCAGGAGAGUGUCUGUGUUGCCUCUCCCAACAAGCGACUCCUAGGAGUAUGAUGAAUGCCAACAAAUCCGCGCUCCCGAAAACCCAGUCCCCUGCUCUGUCGGCCAUA